AUGUAUGAAAUGGAAAAGGAAAAUUUGAAGAAAUUUAGCGAGUACAUCGCUCGGACUUUACGUCCUUCCUUCAUCAAAGGAUUCAUGACCGUUUACUUGACUGAAGAGACAACAGAGAGGAUUUUGUCAGAGGAAGGUUCUUCAGUGACGUCAGCGGCACAUAUGCUGUUGGAAAAGAUGUGGACGCUGGAGAAGCUUGGUUGGUUUCAGGCUUUCCUGGACGAGCUACGUGCCGCAGGUUACACGGGUCUGUAUGCAGCCAUCACAAAAUGGGAUUUCGGGGACUUGGAGAGGAUGAGGAAUUAUCAACACCUGCUAGAGCGGAUUAGGCCAUCCAUUAUCUAUCGCAUCAAACCAAACGAAUUACUACCACACAUGAAUGACUGUCUCACACUGAGAGAAUGUGAAGAAAUCAAUUCAGUUGGAAUGCAGCGGGGGCAAACUGCAGCAAGCGAGAAGCUAGUGGACUGUCUUAGGCGCUCAGAUAAACAGUGGUUUAAAACACUGACAACAGCUCUGUAUAACUGCGAUUUUCACCAGGCCCUGGAGCUGCUAGAGCACAAUGGAGAUAUGAAACAGGGAGAGGGCAGUGACAUGAAUGGAGAUGCCAUGAAAAUGGAGAGUAUGACGACAGUGUGUAUUGAAUACAAGGAGGAAGGGGAAAGCUAUGACGGCCUGCUAAAAAGCGCCAAUGAGUUAAGUUUAGAGGAGAAGCCUCAUGGGUCUUCAGAUGCUGGAACUACAGAGGGUGCGACUGAAGAAAAGAAGAAGCUGAGGGCCUACCAGACAGAGCUGGCCACAGCGGCUUUUAAGGGAGAAAACACCAUCAUCUGUGCCCCCACAGGUUGUGGCAAGACCAUUGUUGCCCUUGCGAUAUGUGAGCACCAUCUGAAAAAAUUUCCUGGCCAGGCAAAGAUUGUGUUCAUGGCAACGAAAGUGGAUGUUUAUGCUCAGCAAUAUAAACUCUUCCAGAAGCAUUUUUCUCAGGACCCUGAAGUCAGGAUCACUGGUGUGUGUGGUGACAUGGACUCACUGUCCAUGAAGGUGGUCAUUGAGAAUUAUGAUAUUGUGGUGCUGACACCUCAGAUCCUGGUGAAUGCACUACAGAAGGAUGAGGUGCCCUCACUGGAGGUCUUCACACUACUCGUGUUCGAUGAGUGUCACAACACCACAGGGAAACACCCUUAUAACAUCAUCAUGACCACGUACCUGGACCAAAAACUCAGCGGCAAGAGCACCAGGCUCCCUCAGAUAGUGGGUCUGACAGCGUCGGUCGGCAUUGGAAGCUUUAAGAGCCAGGCAGAGGCAGAGAAUAACAUCAGUCUGUUGUGUGCUAGUCUAGACGUCAGAAACAUCUCCACCGUGACUGAGCACCUGGGCGAGCUGAGAUCGUAUGUGCACACACCUGAAAAAGAUUUUUUUUGGGCAGAACAACGCUCUUCUGACCCCUUCACCAGAAUUAUCACCAACAUCAUGAGCAUCAUAGAGGGACUGGCUAAAACAGUCUACGACAUCGACAGUCUGUCGAACAUUCAGAACCGCGAGUAUGGGUCUCAGAAGUACGAACAGUGGAUUGUGGAUGUGCAGAAGCACUGCAAGGUUCUGCGGCUGAAUGAUCCAGAGGAGGAGAGCAGAGUGUGUAGGGCUCUGUUUAACUUUACUGAGCACCUGAGGAAAUACAAUGACGCGCUGAUCAUUAAUGAAGAUGCUAGGACCAAAGAUGCCCUGGAAUACCUGGAUACAUUUUUCCAGCAAGUCCGCUCUGCUGGUUAUGAAGAGACAGAGAGAAAACUGACCGGCUAUUUUGACGCUCAGAGAGAGCAAUUGCUAACUUUGGCCAAUGGAGGGCAGCAACAGAACCCCAAACUUGAGGUUCUGCAGUACAUCCUGGAUGAAGAGUACCACAACAAUGACCAGACACGGACAGUACUCUUCGUUAGGACACGAGCUCUCGCUGAUGCCCUUAAAAAAUGGAUCGAAGAAACUGACUCCUUAAAGUUCCUAAAGCCGGGAGUGUUGAUUGGACGAGGAAAGAGACCGCAUCUGAUUGGCUCAGGAAUGUCAUUGACAUUGAAGAAGGAUGUGCUGGAGUCAUUCAAAACUUCAGACCAGAGUAAGAUCCUGAUUGCCACCUCAGUGGCUGACGAGGGCAUCGAUAUCCCACAAUGCAACCUUGUGUUAAUGUAUGAGUAUGUAGGCAACGUGGUCAAGAUGGUGCAAGUUCGAGGUCGAGGACGAGCGCAGGGGAGCAGAUGUUUUCUCAUCUCCAGCAGAAAGGAGCGAAUUGAUAAGGAGAAACUGAAUAUGGAGCGUGAGAAACUCGUGGAGAAGGCCAUCAAAUGCUUGCAAGCUUCACCUGAGAAUCUGCACGCUAAGGUGGAUUUGUUUCAACGAGAGGAAAAAGCCAGAAGGGAUCUGGAGAAGUUGAGUCCAGGGAAACCUCGAACAAAAGGCAGUUAUGAGCUCCUCUGUUGCAAAUGCAAAAAAUUUGCAUGUUUGAAUGAUGAUCUGAGAGUCCUAGAGAAAUCUCACCACAUCAUAUUGGACCGCUCCAUCUUUAAACGCUGCGUUACCAAACCGCACCCCAAUCCUAAAAGCUUCUGCGGGAUCCAGAAAACGGAGAAGAUGGCCUGCGCUGGGUGCCAGCACGACUGGGGCAUCAUCGCCUCCUACAUGAAUAUCCAGGACCUGCCAGUGGUGAAGAUAGAAAGCUUUGUAGUUCAAGACCGUGCCACCCGAAAACAGCUUUACUUCAGGAAAUGGCGAGAUGUGACCUUUACCAUCAAACCUUUUGACAUGACAGAGAUGACAGCUGACAGAUGGGGACCAAGAGAGCAGUGACUGAAAAAAAUGAGAAAAAAAAAAUGAGGAAACCAGAAAUCAAUAGUUACAUUCUGAUUUUCUUAGGUGGCUUUAUGUGUCUUAAAAUCUGUGCUAAUU